GGCAGCCGUGCUGAGAUGAACCCCAGUGCCCCCAGAUCCUCCAUGGCCUCGCUCUACGUGGGGGACCUACACCCCGAUGUGACUGAGGCGAUGCUCUACGACAGGUUCAGCCCGGCCGGGCCCAUCCUCUCCAUCCAGGUCUGCAGGGACAUGAUCACCCGCCACGCUUUGGGCUACGCGUAUGUGCAUUUCCAGCAGCCUGCGGACGCGGAGCGUGCUUUGAACACCAUGAAUUUUGACAUUGUAAAGGGCAAUCCAGUACGCAUCAUGUGGUCUCAGCGUGAUCUGUCACUUAGCAGAAGCGGAGUGUGCAACAUAUUCAUUAACAAUUUGGACAAAUCCAUUGAUAAUAAAGCACUGUAUGAUAUAUUUUCUGCUUUUGGUAACAUCCUUUCAUGUGAGGUUGUUUGUGAUAAAAAUGGUUCCAAAGGUUACGGAUUAGUACAUUUUGAGACACAGGAAGCAGCUGAAAGAGCUAUUGAAAAAAUGCAUGGGAUGCUUCUAAAUGAUCGCAAAGUAUUUGUUGGAAGAUUUAAGUCUCGUAAAGAACAAGAACGAGAACUCGGAGCUAGGGCAAAAGAGUUCACCAAUGUUAACAUCAAGAAUUUUGGAGAAGAUAUGGAUGAUGAACAUCUUAAGGAUCCCUUUGACAAGUUUGGACCUGCCUUAAGUGUGAAAGUAAUGACUGAUGAAAGUGGAAAAUCCAAAGGUUUUGGAUUUGGGAGCUUCAAAAGGCAUGAAGAUGCACAGAAAGCUGUGGAUGAGAUGAAUGGGAAGGAGCUCAAUGGAAAACAAAUUUAUGUUGGUCGAGCUCAGAAUAAAGUGGAACGACAGACAGAACUUAAGCACAGAUUUAAACAAAUGAAGCAAGAUUGGAUCACCAGAUACCAAGGUGUUAACGUCUGUGUGAAAAACCUUGAUGAUGGUAUUGAUGAUGAACGUCUCCGGAAAGAGUUUUCAACUUUUGGUACAAUCACUAGUGCAAAGGUUAUGAUGGAGGGUGGUCGCAGCAACGUGUUUGGUUUCGUAUGUUUCUCCUCCCCAGAAGAAGCCACAAGAGCAGUUACAGAAAUGAAUGGUAAAAUUGUGGCCACCAAGCCACUGUAUGUGGCUUUAUCAGAGAACAAAGAAGAGCGCCAGGCUUACCUCACUAACCAGUAUGUGCAGAGAAUGGCAAGUGUCAGAGCUGUGCUCAAUCCUGAAAUCAACCCCUACCAGCCAGUACCUCCUUCAGGUUACCUCAUGGCAGCUAUCUCACAGACUCAGAACCGUGCUGUGUACUACCCUCCUAGCCAGAUUGUUCAACUCAGACCAAGUUCUCGCUGGUCUGCUCAGGAUGCCAGACCUCAUCGAUUCCAAAAGAUGCCCGAUGCUAUCUGCCCAGACACUCCUAGACCACCAUUGCAUACCAUGAGACCAACUUCUUCACAGGUUCCACAGGUCAUGCCGACACAGCGUGUUGCUAACAUGUCAACACAGAUGGAGGGUCCACAUCCUGCAGCAGCUGCUGCUGCAGCCACUCCUGCAGUUCGCACCAUUCCACAUUAUAACUAUGCUGCCGGGGUCUGCAGUGCACAUCAACAUCCGAGUGCACAGCCACAAGUUACUGCGCAGCAGCCUGCUGUUCAUGUACAAGGUCAGGAGCCUUUGACUGCUUCCAUGUUGACAUCUGCCCCACCUCAAGAGCAAAAGCAAAUGUUGGGUAAGUGGCUCUUACCUCUCAUUCAAGCCAUGCAUCCUGCUCUUGCUGGUAAAAUCACUGGCAUGUUGUUGGAGAUUGAUAAUUCAGAACUUCUUCAUAUGCUUGAGUGUCCGCAGUCUCUCUGGUCUAAAGUUGAUGAAGCUGUAGCUAUGCUGCAAGCCCACCAAGCUAAAGAGGCUGCCCAGAAAGCAGUUAACAGUGCCCCUGGUGUUCCAACUCUUUAAAAUUGAUCAGGGACCACAAAAAGAAACUCAUGCUUCACUGAAGAAAAAUAUCUAAACAUCG